AUGCCAUUUAAAAGUUUCUUCAAUUCAUCAUCGACUUCUUUGAAUGAUCAACAAUCGACAUCGUCUCAUCGAUCUUUCUUAAGACUGAAGAAUAAUUCACGUCUGAUAACGCCAAUGUCGACUAGUAGUUCAGUUGCAUCGAAACGAAAUGGUGGGGAUGGCGCUGCUGCUGUUGCUGCUGCUGCUUCGCCGCAAAGUGUACAAGGACAAAACAACCCAAUUGGUCAGCAGCAGCAACAGCAACAAUCGCAGCAGCAACAGCUGAAUCACCACCAUCAUGGUGUGUUGAAUCAUCUGCAUCAUAAUCAGAAUAAUCUGCAUCAUAACAGCCCCUUUUCAGCCAAUUCACCUAAAAAUAGUUCACCUGCAUCUUCAAACAGCGAUGUAUCCACUAGUAAAGUAGGUGGUGGACCAUUGAAACGGUUUCUUAAAAAAUUCAAGCCUAGUGGACCAUCGCAUAAGCAAUCCAAACAAUUUGGUGCUGGCAAACCUGAACCCAUCAGUCCUACGGCUGAUUUGUUCAAAAAAUAUGGAUCACCAGGUAAGCUUUUGGGGACGGGAGCUAGUGGAUCAGUCAAUUUGUUGACUUCGAAAACUGACCCCACCAAGAUUUACGCGGUCAAGAAAUUUAGAAGUAGAUUACCCAAUGAACAAGAUUCCGAUUAUAAAAUGAAGGUUCAAAAUGAAUACAAAGUGGGGGAAUACUUGGAUCAUCAAAAUAUCAUUCACACAUUUGAACUAAUUAAAGAUUACUCUAAAGUUGGUGGUAAAGUAACUGAUCCCGACUACUACAUUGUUAUGGAAUAUUGUCCGUUUGAUUUUUUCAAUUUGGUAAUGAGCGGGUUAAUGAGUGAAAACGAAAUCAAUUGUUAUUUUAAACAAAUUGUUAAAGGUGUUCAUUUCCUACAUGAGAAUGGGUUAGCUCAUCGUGAUUUGAAAUUGGAUAAUUGUGUUGUUAAUACCCAAGGGAUUUUGAAAUUGAUUGAUUUUGGAUCAGCUGUCCAAUUUGAAAAAGAGGUGCCUAAUGGAUAUUAUGUUACUGAACAUGAUACCAUGUUGGAUUCGCAACAUAAAUUGAUUUACGCUAGAGGUGUUGUUGGUUCUGAUCCAUAUUUAUCACCAGAAGUAUUUGAACCCAUGGGAUUGGGCAAUGGAUAUGAUCCAAGAACCGCUGAUGUUUGGUCAAUUGCCAUAAUUUACUGUUGUAUGAUAUUGAGACGGUUUCCUUGGAAGUUGCCCAAAUUGAGUGACCCUUUGUAUAGAUCUUUUGCUGGACCACAGUUGAACCCAACGCCAAGUAACAUUGAGAAAGACAUGAAUAGUAUGCAUAUUGAUCAACAACAAGCGCAGCAGCAACAACAUCAUCAUGAUAGACAUGCACAUCAUGGACCUCAAGGACCAGAAAAAUUGUUUCGUUUAUUACCAUCAGAUUCACGCAAUUUGCUAAAAAAUAUGUUAAUCUUAGACCCCAAAAAACGAUAUUUAAUGUCUGAUGUGGCAAGAGAUCCAUUUUUACAAAGCAUAAGAGAAUGUAAAGUGCUUGGUGAUCGUAAUGAUCAACAUACUGUGCUAAGUGAUAAUCACACUCAUCAUUUGAUUAGUGAAGAAGAUUUGAAAAAGAUCGAUCAAGAGAAAGAACGAGCUAAAAAGUUGAGAGAAUCUGGAAUGGGGUAG